AUGCCUUCUCUGUGGAAACGGAUAACCUUCUCUGUGGCCUCGGUGCUCUGUAUCGGCUCGGUGGUGCUGCUGGUCGUGGCCCUGUCCACGGAGCGGUGGGUCACCGGACGGAUCCUGUGUAAAACCGGGGCGGAGAUAGUGAACGCGUCCCACCCGGAGCUGGAGCAGUUCAUCGGGGACAUUUACUACGGCUUGUUUCAGGGAGGGAAGACCAAGAGGUGCGGGCUGGGCAACAGACGCUCCAAAAUAUACAUUUUCCCAAAGCUCGUGCGGAAGAUUAAUGGCGGCCUUCACAUGAUGGUGAUCCUGUUCCUGCUGGUGGCUGUGGGCUUCGCGUUGGUCAGUCUAUCUUUCUGCAUUUACAACGCACGCAAGGUUCCCUACCAGAGCAUCAAAGGGCACAAAGGACUCUACCUGUGGAACUUCAUAGCUGCUCUGUUCGGAGCCCUGGGUGUGCUGUGUUUCCUGGCAGCCGUGAGGCACCACAGUCUGACCGAGCUGAUUGCCAAUCAUCGGGAAAAUCUCUUUGUGCUGGUUGUACUGGAUGACAGUCUGGACUGGUCCUUCUGGCUCGGUGUGGGCAGCAUUGUGAGUCAUUUUGCUGUCUGUGGAGUGGUUGCAAUGAGCCGGAUCAAAUUGCCCAAACCGGAGAUCAAGAAACCCGAAGAACCCACCAUCUCUGCUCUGGACCUGCUCUACUGA